UUUAGCGUGAACACUGAACAGUGUGCUACUAACAAUAGUGCUCUGCUGUGUGUGUGUGCCGUGUUUAUACUUUAAGUUCAAUAACUUCAUAGGCCUAUUUAUUGUAAGGAAGUUUAUCAGUGGUUAAAAGUAUUUAAACUCAAUUAAAAGUGAAAACGCUUAGAAGUAGAUGUUAAUUUGUAGUAGAUUGUUUAGUUUUGGAAUCAGCAAAGGGUUUCUAUAUAAGAUGUCCGCAGCUACUGAUCUUCACUUGUUACAUGAUAAUGUCAAUGAUAGUGAGCAUUUGAUCACUCAUUUGAAAGCAGAGGUAAAACAGUUGAUGUCCCUUGUGCAUGAAAAGUAUACAGUUACUAAAAUAAAGGAGUUGCAAGAUGAAAAUAACAAAAUAAAAAAUGAAAUAAAUGCUGUCAAGAAAGAAUUAAUUCAACUGCAAAUAGCUAAUGGUGUUCCACAGAUUCCAGUACCUGGAGACAAAUUAGAUGUGGAGGAGCAUCCAGUUAAGUUGUCCACUGAGGAUUCAGGAAAAGUCGUCAGCACUGAGAAUACUAGCAAUGAAAGUAAACCUGUCAAGGCGGCAAAGCCAAAAAAACAGGUGACGCCAGCAGCAGAGGAGCCUCCAAUAGAUGUGGGCCGACUGGACAUUCGUGUUGGCAAGGUGUUACAUGCUCAGGUUCAUCCAGAUGCUGAUCAGUUGUACAUUGAACAGAUUGAUGUUGGAGAAGAAAUCUCUCGAACUGUUGUGAGUGGGUUGGUGAGACACAUCCCUUUGGCAGAACUGGACCAGAGGAUGGUGCUUGUGUUGUGUAACUUGAAACCGCAGAAGAUGAGAGGCAUCGUGUCAGAAGCAAUGGUGCUGUGUGCAAGCACGCCAGAAACUGUGGAACUGCUGACUCCGCCUCCCGAGGCCAAGGCUGGGGACAACAUAACAGUGCCGGGAUAUCCUCGCAACCCGGACUUGCCAUUCAUGAACCCAAAAAAGAAAAUAUUUGAAAAAGUUGCAGAGGAUUUGAAAGUAAACAGCAAAAAACAAGCUUCUUACAAAGAUGUUCCCUGGGAAAUUGAGGGAAAAUCAGGCUAUAUAACUGUUCAAGCACUUUCUGGUUGUCACAUCAGAUAGAUAAUUAUUUCAAUUAAAUAAAUAUUAAAAUUUAUUAUGUUGAUUUAAAAAAA